AUGGACAGCCCCGCAGUGUUACCAGUUGACAACCCAAGCAAGUCAUACUGGCUUUCAGAACCAUCUAAGAAACUCCAAGGCUACCGUACCACGGAAGACUUGCCGCAAGUUGCCGAUGUCCUCAUCAUCGGGAGCGGAAUUACUGGCGCCUUGGCAGCCCACUUCAUCAAGGGGAAGGCCUCCAACCUGAACGUCGUCAUGCUUGAGGCAAGAGAGGUAUGCUGGGGUGCUACCGGAAGGAAUGGUGGUGAUUGUCAGCCAGGAUACUACGCCUCACCGCCGCACAUCGCCAAGUUUGAGCAUCGAAAUUACUCUUACCUCAAGGAAUUAGUCGAAUCGCACUCAAUUCCUUGCGAUUGGCGCACUACAACUGGCGUGCACGGCUAUUAUUCUCCGGAGCUCUUUGCUGCCACAAAAAAGAUUAUUGAAAAGAUCCAGCAAGAGAAUCCGGAUAUUGGUGCAAAUAUCAUAGUUGUAACGAAGGAGGACGGCGAACCUCCUUUAUGCGAACGGGAAGGUGAGAGAGAGAAGUUUACAUUGAAGGCUUUGCGAGUCGGUGCUGCCGAAGGCGCCGUCGUGCAGCAGAAUGCUGCGAGCUUCUGGCCAUAUAAGCUUGUUGCCUUUGUGCUGGAACGCCUAGUGGCAGAUGGUGGCUUCAAUUUACACACGAAAACCGCGGUUACCGGUCUGAAAAGAGUCGACCUACCAGCGAAACUAUCCAGCUCCCACCCUAACGACGACAAGGCAGCAUCUGGAGGCUGGACAGUUCACACGUCCCGUGGCGACAUUUUGGCCCGCCACUUUGCAGAUAUUAUCGUGCCGGUCAAGGGUCAGGUAUCUAGCCUCAAGCCGCUGCCCGCCAAGGGCCCACUGGAUAUUGGGCACACGUUCUAUUUCGUGUCUGACCUCGACGACCGCCGGGAUGACUACUUAGUGCAAAGACCUCCGCCUGGUGCAGAACUUAUUUACGGCGGUGGACGCAUCCGCGCAGAGGGUCACGGACUCGGCGUGUGGGAUGACAGCACCAUUGACGAAGGAGUGGCGCAAUAUCUUAAGGGGGAGCUGAGCGGCUUGAUGGAUCUCUCGAUACGCGAGCAAGGAAAUAAGCAAGAUAUCAAGCCGACAUUUGAAUGGUCAGGCAUUAUGGGCUUCUCCCGCGACGGCUGGCCUUGGGUCGGCCCUGUGCCAGACAGCGCCGGUGGUGGAGAUGGACUCUGGCUGUGUGCCGGGUACUCUGGCGGCGGCAUGCCUAACGCGGCCCUCUGCGCCAAGGCAGUUGUCGAUAUGAUGAUUCCUGGCCACAAGGAUGGGGGCGAGGUGGUCGACAUGGUAGAUCUCCCCCGCGAGUAUCUGCUUACUGAGGAUAGGCUGGAGAGGGCUAGACUUAUGAGAGUUUCGCAGGUGAAAUAUGUUCAUUUCAUGUCACACUGUGGGCCAUAA